AAGUAGUGUAUCGGUUGGCACACGUUUCUUGCUCAUAUUCUCUUUUUCGAGACGUCAUCGGUAGGCCAUUUUUCAGAUAUUCGCAACAAACAUUAGAGUGCGAUCCGAUGAACCAAGUUCUAGAUCGUUCUUUCGAUUCGGCGGGCUCAACCGAAAGUAAAGUUGCUAUUCCUGAAUUCAUCCCCGCUAGCACUUGGCAAGGAUCCAAGUCGGGCUAUUACUUCGGAACAUCAGUUCGAGGAACGGGAUACCACCGGGACAUAUCGACGCAGCACCAGCAAUCCGCUGCUUUGACCAGCAGGCACGCGACACACAACGGGGGUACAGUCACCGAAGAGCCUCACAGCAAUGGCAGUCGCAAGCGAAUUCGAAAGAGCGUUCAAAUCGACGAAGACCAGAACGAAACUCGUGUCAUAUUAUCGCCCGAAGAGUUGCUGGAACGAGCCGAACGACAACAACGAAAUUCCUCCAAAAGUACAGCUCUGCUACUCGACUUGACUCCAAAGGGUAUGCGCAAGGCGGUCAAUGCUCUCAGAAAAGCAAUUGAAGUCAAUGAAUUACAACGGGCGCAGCACGUGAACGAGCCGGAACGUUACAUGGAGAGCGAAGUUGCACUGUACGAGCACAUAGCAGCGUGGAAAGCUAUUGCCUCCGAUCCCACUAGACUGUUUCCGAUCGCGAUAGAGAUGGAACUCGUACAGAACCUGCUACAGCUGCUGCUCCAUGAUAAUGUUGAUCUUGCAGCGGCUGUCAUAUCAACACUGGUGGAGUGGCUCGACCCGGACCUUUUACAAUCCAAGGAGGAGAGCGAAAGCGGCGAAGAGGAAGCAGCUCUACUAGCGUCAGUGGCGGCUGUUGCAUCCAUAGUCGUACACGAAGGAGCGGAACCCUUGGUAUCGAAUCUUUCGCGGCUGAACAGUAACAACGAAGAAGACGAAGUCGGCAAGGGUAUCGAAGACGUCAUGACCUUGAUUGAAAAUCUAAUCGAGAUUGACAGCCUAUGUGCGCUGGUGGAAAAGGUGGCGUUGGUACCCAAUGAGAAGUCAUUGGCGGCGCACCUUUGUAAAGACACAAAAUUGCUUUCAUGGUGCUUUCAACAAGUCGAAGAGAAUGGAUCACUCCGGGACAGGGCACUCGAAAUUAUCUCGCUCAUGGCUCCAAAGGAAGAUGUCUACGAUGCAGUUUCGGAUUGGAGUCGACUCCCACCAUACGUGUCCAGUUUUGCCGAGCAGAAAGAAGACGGCAAAACACAAGAUAACAGCGCGACUCUCGACGGAAUUGAGAUACUCCUACAGACCGUAGCUGCCUUUCGCAAAAGGCAACCGGCGGAUGAAACGGAAGUGGAACGAUUAGAAAAUGCGGGUUUGAUUGUUACGUCAGCUCUCACCUUCAGUUCGACCAACGUGGAAGCCUUUUUGAGCGCUCAAGGUAUCGAACUGGUUAUUCGCUGUUUGAAAGAACGGGUGCACGCCGGUGGCAUUGUUCUACCAUGGCUGGACUGGACCGGAACCGAUCACGUCUACAAGACAGCGUGCGAACACAUGAUCGUGGCUGGUUUUCUGAAGUACCUGUUACCGCUACUUAUGGGAAAUCAUACUCCAAAAUCUUUCGACAUGGUCCAAACGAAAAGGACGAAGCGGUCCUGGCAGACAAAUCUGGAAACAACUUCGAUCCGCGUGCUCUAUGCGCUUACGCGCUAUUUGACCGACAAGUCUCCGGAAGAUGCCAAGGCACGACUGUUGGCCAAAUUUGCCACCGACUCGGCCAAAUGCGAUCGCGUAGUAGAGCUCCUUCUGGAGUACGACCAAAAAGCUCGCGUCGCUGAGUACAAGUUUUACCGUUCGGACGUGGAAGAAAGACUGAGACAGGACUACGAUGAUUCCGAAACGGCCACUGGGAUGGUGGAAAUGGCCGCCCUCGAAGCCAAGCUGACGGGGGGAGGAGACGUCUUUCACCGGAUCGGUGCAGUUGCGGCCUGGUUGUGUGUGGGUAGUAAGCGGUGUCACGAGCGAAUCUUGGCAACUUUGCGCCAGCACGAUUCCGGCAUGAGUCUGGUGCAGGCCGCCGUGUCCGAAUUCGUAUCGGUUUUGGACGAAGCAUUAUCGGUAUCCCAGCGCGCUCAGCUCCAGAGCUACCUGCAAAAGCUUUAG